UCUUUCGAUUAACUCUGACUCAAUAUGAAGCUCCACUGGCUGCUAUUCGCAGUCGUACUGAUCUGUGCCCUGUACAGCACUUCGGGCACGGGCAGUACCACGGAAACCAGCACCGAGUCCACCACCGUUGCGGGCAGUAGCACUUCGACCACCUCGUCCUCCUCCUCCUCCUCCUCCUCGGACACCACCGAGGCCAGCAGCAGCAGCAGCGAUUCGUCCACCAGUUCCAGCAGCUCGUCCUCCAGCUCCAGCAGCUCCUCCAAGAAGAAGGCUGCCGCCAGGAGGAGGAAAGCCGCUCGCAGGAGGCGUCGCGCCGCCCGCAGGCGCAACAGGGGUUAGACUGGAAGCCGAUUGGGAAUCCACUUAUUCCGGCCUAGACAGGACUUUCAACUUUUUUUUUUCCAACACUCUCCGUUGAUCCUCGGAUCGGCAAUUUAAUAUAUUCCCGGCUAUGAUAAUUGCAUGAAAAAUA